AUGGAGUGUCGAACAGUUAUUAAUACAGUCGCAUUCUUAGGCGCUGGUCCUGCUGAGCACAUUGGAUCCAAUUCAAAAUAUGAAGCACAGCCCACUUCCAAGUCAUCUUUCCCACGACCAAGCAGCUUCCGGUAUAGGAAUGGCCCAACUCCAUUUCAAACAUUAUCGGUGGAAUUAUCUCUGCACAGUAAACAACGACAGGACGAACCAAUUGAAACUGCUGUAGAGAUCGCAUAA